AUAGCUAACGUCGACGGAGCUGCCUCGACGAAGAAGAAGGCUAAGAAAAUGGCUGCUGAUGUUGGGGAAAUCCAGCAGAGCAGUGACUUCCUCAUCCAACCUGAAAGCAAAGUACCGACGUUGGACACAUCCCAGUGGCCCCUUCUCCUCAAGAACUUUGACAAGCUGAAUGUGCGCACGGCUCACUACACGCCGAUACCAAGCGGGAGCAACCCACUCAAGAGGAACAUCCAGGACUACAUCAAGUCCGGCUUUAUCAACCUCGACAAGCCGUCCAAUCCUUCAUCUCACGAGGUGGUGGCAUGGAUCCGGCGCAUUCUGCGCGUGGAGAAGACUGGCCACAGCGGCACCUUGGACCCUAAAGUCACCGGAUGCCUCAUCGUGUGCAUCGACCGAGCCACGCGGUUGGUCAAAUCGCAGCAGAGUGCAGGAAAAGAGUACGUGGGGAUUGUGCGGCUACACAACGCCAUCGAAAGCGAACACGCGCUAGCCAGAGCGAUGGAGACGCUGACGGGUGCCCUUUUCCAGCGACCGCCGCUCAUCGCCGCCGUUAAGCGGCAGCUGCGAGUGCGAACCAUCUACGAGAGCAAACUAAUAGAGUAUGACGCUGAAAAGAGGCUCGGAAUCUUCUGGGUCAGCUGCGAGGCAGGAACGUACAUUCGAACCCUCUGCGUGCACCUGGGACUGCUGUUGGGGGUCGGCGGCCAGAUGCAAGAGCUGAGGAGGGUUCGCUCCGGAGUCAUGGGGGAGAAGGACAACCUGGUGACAAUGCAUGACGUGCUGGAUGCUCAGUGGCAGUUUGACCACAACAAAGACGAGUCGUACCUGCGGCGAGUCAUCUUUCCCCUAGAGAAACUGCUGGUGUCGCACAAGCGCUUGGUGAUGAAAGACAGCUCUGUCAAUGCUAUAUGCUACGGAGCAAAGAUCAUGCUGCCGGGUGUCCUCCGCUACGAGGAUGGCAUAGAGGUCAACCAGGACAUUGUGGUCAUCACCACCAAGGGGGAAGCCAUCUGUACAGCCACAGCCCUGAUGACGACGGCGGUCAUCUCCACGUGCGAUCACGGCGUAGUGGCCAAAAUCAAACGGGUCAUCAUGGAGAGGGACACUUACCCACGAAAGUGGGGGCUUGGACCCAAGGCGACUCAAAAGAAAAUGAUGAUCCAGAAGGGUCUUCUGGACAAGCGUGGGAAACCCAACGAAAGCACACCCGACACGUGGAAGACUGGCUACGUGGAUUACAGUGCCCCCGCUGCAAAGGAAGCGGAAACAUCCGUGAAGCCAGCAAAGAGAAAGAGGGAUGUGGAAGAAAGUGAAGUAGAAGCCACGUCAGCUGCUGAAGAGACACCUAAAGAAAAGAAAAAGAAGAAAAAAGAGAAACGCGCCCAGACAGACGACGCAGAAACGGAGGAAACUACGGCAGCAGAGCCACAAGCAGAGCCGGAAAGUGGCAAAAAGAAGAAAAAGAAGAAGAAAGCCAAAGAAGCCGAAGAAGCUUCAGAGUGA